GGUGGAGGACUUCAACGUCGUUCACGCACGUGUACCAAUCCUCGUCCUGCAUAUGGAGGAAGUCAGUGCUUUGGAACGAAUGUACAGUCAAAGAGAUGUGCCUUAAACCCCUGUCCACCGGGUAUGUACAGUCUAACCUCAAAUCGAGACAAAUGUAGUUGACACAUUUUGUCCUCAACGGUCUCUGUCAAGUUUUGCCGACUAUCUGCUUCGACUUGUAGGUUCUCUAACAAUAGAUUACAGGGUCCUGCCUUCGAAAAGGGAAUGUUAUUCCUUCUUUCCCCAGUUUCCCUAAGCAAAGUUGUAUCGCAGCUCAAGCUACCUGCAGAGAAAACCAAACAAGCCAGCUUUGGUGGGCUAGGACUAGGGCCAGUGUUUUGUUUCCCCGAGACCCUCAAACAUUGUUCUCGCACAACUAGCACAUUGACUUGGCUACGUGCGAGGGAGUCUUGUUCUCCAAAGGCAGUUUUUCACGCGUUUUAGUUGGAAGGUAUAAGGUAUAUAGUUGAUGGAGGUUAUUCAAAAUGGAGCCGUUGGUCACGGUGCAGCGUGACUUGUAACAAUGGAACUCGACAGCGUGUUCGCAAUUGCACAAAUCCACCGCCUGCAAAUGGAGGUGAACCAUGUGCUGGAGUAAGCGAGGAGAGAAAAGUUUGCAUAAACCCU